AUGUUAUUGUGAUAAAGGAUGGAAUCACACUCAUACUAAUGAUCCAUGUGACAAGGACAUAGACGAAUGUAAACUAUAUCCGAAUAUAUGUAAGAAUGGUGGCAGCUGCAGCAACACUAAUGGUUCAUACAUAUGUAAUUGUAUUGGACAAUGGGAAGGUGAAAACUGCACAUAUUAUAAUUCAUGCAGAUCAAAUCCUUGUGCAAAUCAGGGAGAAUGUGCAAAAACAGGAAAUGAUACCGACAGAACGUAUAAAUGUACAUGUCAACUUGGUUAUAAAGGUAAAAACUGCACUUUGGACGUUGAUGAGUGCUCUCUUAACACAACUAGUAUAUGCGUACAUGGAAAUUGCUCCAAUAGUAUUGGUUCGUACAAAUGCACAUGCGAAAUUGGAUGGACAAGCAAAAGUUGUAACAAAACUUUAAAUAAAACGACAACAAAUACAACUGAAACAACAAAUGACAGCAGUCUUGCAAUGAAAGAAACAAAAGACGGAUUGCCAAUUAUUGUUGGAGCAAGUGUUGGCGGGGUUACUAUUGCAGUUGCAGUUGUUGGUAUAUACCUAUACAAAAGGAAACGAGCAAGGAUUGCCUCGGAAGAUAUAGCAGGAGACACUGGAAGAAAUGAAAAGUUUAACAUCAAGCGAAUUUCCAAAACCGAUCGUGUUGCACCGGAGAGCACCACUGAAUUGAAUGCAUUCAAUUCUGAAGAUUGAAACCAUGUCAAACCGAUACUUUUACGCCUGAGAUAUAUUGCACUUUAAAUUGUCUCAAGCUCAAUGUUCGUGUAUCAUUUGGACAAUAAUCAUUUAUCCAUUCAUAAAUUAUACAACUUAUGUGUUUAUCAUUUGAAAAAUUAGAUACUAGUUUAAAUUGUUUUAACAGGUUUUCAUAGGCAUUUAUUGAGUACAUCUAAUUUCAUAUACAUGUAUGAAUGUAUGUUCAUCUUUUAGGUGUAUUUCACAUAGUAUCUUUUUGAUCAUUAAAUGUAUAUUUUGUCAUAAACUUUAAAGAAUGCAUGUUUUUAUACUUUUAAAGAGAGUAUUUUACGAACUAAUUCAUACAUUUAGGUUACUCCUCAUUUGUUAUAGCAUAUUUUAAGCACCAAUUUAAAUACAUCGGUAUUUUAAUUACAUUUCAAAAAUCAAUUAAUAAUAUUUAUUCAUUCUUUCACUGAAAAAUUUCUCUUAUACAGCAUUACUUUCUUCACAAUUUCGCAUAAGUGAAUUCACUUGUUUUUUUUAUAUUUCAUACGACAUCAUGUGUGUUUUUUUCUUUAUACAUGUUGUCCUUUCAAUUUCGAAUUUUGCAAUACAUACAGAACAAAACGUCGAGUUUCAGGCCCAAUACCCGUUCAUCAUGUGAACAAGAAUCAUUAAUAAAUUAUAUAACUUGUGUGUUCAUCAUCAAAAAAUGAGAUACUAUUUUGAAUUGUUUCAAAAGAACGUUCAUAGGCUUUUAUUGAGUACAUCAAAUAUCAUAUAUUUAUUUUUACAAAAUAUAUAUUUCGCACCGUC